CGCCAAACUUUAGUUCCCGCCACCGUUGGCUCUCCAGGUGGCGUGCUGUUCAAAGAUGUUUCCCGCCUUGUUCCCGCCAAGCUUGGCCUUCACACGAGCUACGGAUUCCCUCGCCAUUGCUUCAACUUCUUGCAUACAUCUUCUGAACCUUCGUCUUUGUUACCGUUCUUGCGCCCUCGUCGUCGUUUUGUUGCGGCCCGCAGAUGUUGUCUUAGUUUUAGCCUGUAUUCAGACGUUUUUUUCUGACCUUUUUUUUUUUUUUUUUUUUUUUUUUUUGUUGUUGUUGUUGUUGUUGAAGUGGCCUUGUGUAUUCUACUCGAGGAGUGGUUUAGUUGACGUUUUUCGGACGAGUCCGAGUUUGUGCUCCGGAGUAGAGGAUUUUCCGUCGAUGGGAAUACUAGAGAGCUAGUGAGGCCUGACCUGUGGAGGUUCUGUUCGGCGGUUGACGUCUACUUGCUUGUACAACAUCGCCUGAUUACGUUGAAGAGUGUCGUAUAUCGUUUCAGAGUCGUUGGAAGUAGGAUUGUUUUUGAAGGGAUUUGGAAUCGGAGUGAACGGGGAUUACUUGGACUUAAGUAGACCGGUCGCUACCUCCUAGCGUCACGCGCAAGCUGCGCAUUUCAGGUUUGGGCGGAACUGGUGGAUUUUUUUGACUAUCGUCCUCUUCAUAUAUUCAUAUACAUUCAACAUAUUUUCGAGCGAGUAGAGGUCGGAAACUUUGGUUGCGAAGGUGGGUUUGUAGGCUUGGGUUCUGGAAUCCUCCUGCAAUGGGAGGAGGGAGAGGGGGAGUGACGUGUGAAAGUAUUCCCGAUGUUGUGUUGGCAAAGAUUUUUGCGCUAUUGCCGUCGUCGCAGAUUGCGAGCUCUUGUGCCCUUGUGUGCAAAGCAUGGCGGGACUGUACCUAUGACGCGACUUUGUGGAGUGAAUUGUGCGAGGGCUCUGGAUUGCGUGGAAUUGAUGCAAUGCGAUGCCUUGGCGGAUGGAAGGGUUUGUUCGGUUCUGUGUAUGGCAUUAAUUUGGUCGCUACUCCACAUUUUGAGCGGAUUCACUACCUCGAGGCCGACCGUCUCAAGCACCAAUCAUUGCGGCCGUGGGAGCCGAAGCACCGGCUCAUCAUUGAUCGCAUUUGUAGCGUUGAUGAGAGCGACGAAGAACCUCACUCUUAUGGCUACUGGGCUACCGAGGGUGGCUCUGUUUUCCAGCGCGGUGGUGGCGACGGUGUGUUGCGGGAGCUCCCCCCUGUCGACUGUUGUCCUUGUCCUGCUGCUGCGGAUAAACCUGUUAUGGCUACUUCGUGGGACUGGGGCAAAGUGCAGCAGUACAUUGGUCUUCAAACAUUCUCUAACAAAUUUUUAGAUCUUAGUCCCCCCAUGAUGUUUUCAAUCUGGUAUGCGGGCAAGACAAGCGCCCCAAGUGUUUUCAAAGCACAAGUGAUUCUCCGAGAUGAGCUGAAAAACAUCAUCUUCUGCUGGGAAUCAGGAGAGCUUGAGACUGCUGAUAAUACCUGGAAACAAGUGAAGCAUAUCAUUCAGAAGUAUCCACCUGGGUUGCGAUCAGUCGUUGUGAAAGCAGCAGGGAUGAGCAUUAAGCACAGCGGUGGCUUUCACGGAGCUAAAUUCACGGCUGUGAAGCUGCAAUUUGUGCCGCUUAACGAGGUACCUUUACAUAUAGAUGAACCUAUGCCCAAGAAGUUUUCACAGUUUUGAGGCCUUGAGCGCACACAUAACAUAGCGUCGAAUCAAUGUUAGGUUCCUGGAUCGAAAUUUUUUAUACCGGAAUUGGCUGCCGUGUGUUCUUCAAUGUCCCUCUCCCUUCUUCAAGAGGACUCCCUACCAAUAUGGAGAAAGUGGAGUUGAUCUACAAAAGAUGCAGCAGCUUUGUACUUUAUUUGUGAUCAACUAUCAUAUUGGCACUACGAACUAUUUUGUUCACUGUAUAGUUUAAAUGUCAGUUCUCAACGUACUUGUCCCCCUGGACUAAAAAAUUUCGGAUAUGAGGACGGUUAAACAUGUGUCAACUGAAUCGCUUUUUUUGGAAAUUUUC